GUUCAUCAGUCAACGACAGAUCGUGGACGCGAUGAGACGUUAAAAAUUGACUUGUUGGAAGUGUCGUCGUCGUGUGUUCUACUCUUUGAAUCUGUUUUUGGACGUUAUUGCUGUUGGACUUCUUAUAGCGGUGGGAGGAGUGCCAUCGUUCUUACAAGGAAGUUUUACCAAAAGAAAGGAUACAAGUCCGAGGGUCCAGUGUGGAAUUGUGGAUUGUUUUGUUGAGUUGCUGGGAUUUUAUUGAAUUGUGUCUGUGUGGCGACAACGUCCUGGAUUGGAUUGCCUGUGUGAAGGAUUGUGACUUCCGGUCAAAAAUACCUGUGAUUGAAGCAGCAGGAAGAAGUUGCCUAAGUGUGAUCUCGGGGAAGAAAAUAAUAGAAACAGGUUAACUGUGACGAGUUGGGUUGAAGUUUGUUGAAGGUGGAAUGACGUACGGUUGGAAGUUGUGAUAAAUUGGAGAUCGAAGCAAUCUGUUGAUAAUUGGUGUCCCGGUGUUUUGAAGGAGCGAAUAACAUUGGAUCGUGGCAAGCCGUGGAAAGAUAAAUCAAACAAAUCAAAUGGAAGCAAUGAAUGCACUGGCGAAGAUGUACCCGAAGCUGAGUGCGGUGGAGCUGUCGGCGAUUCUGAUGAAAGGUGCUGCGAUGUCCGCUGCUGCCGCUGCCUCGUUGGAACGUGAUUCCGGUUUCAAUUCGGGCAGUUCCGAGCACGAAGAUGAUCUCAAGAGCUUCGAUCACAGCUCCCGGGACGGAUUAAUUUCACCGGAAAACAGCUCGGUGGAUUCGGUCGAAGUAAAAUUACCGCAAACUACCAUUCCCACGAAAAACAAACGCAAAAGUACCGAACCCUUGCGGGUAGUUUCGGAUGCGGAGCUCCUGGGACCAAUCAAAAAGCGCAUCCGCUAUGAACAGCAAACGCGGCUUGAAAAGGAGAUGCUAGAGUACCACAAUCAUGGAAGCAAUCCCUUCCGACCUUGGGCUCCAAGUGAUGAUCUACAGCCAUCUAGCCAUCCAAUUCCCGCACACUUCACCAAUCCUGCCGAGCUGCCAAUACGGCAUCCAGGAGUAACUACCCUUCACCGAGCCAUCAGCAUAAAGCCCCUGGAUGAACUGCAGCAGCAAUCCCCUCCACCAUCAUUCAAUCCCGCUUCAAUCAGUUCCUCCUUCCAGCAGCAACCCCUUGCGCUGGUAUCGAAAAAACCAAAAUCCUCCAAAACUCCUCGAACGCCCGAAAAAUCUCCCGACUUCUCACCGCUCGACCUUCACCAGCGCAGCCCCAGCGAAGCGCUCUUCAUCCCGCCGCAUCCGGUACCCCCAAGUGAAUGCUCAUCGGGCACCCCCAAAUCGUCACAACCCCGCAACUACAAAAACAUGACCCGCGAGCGACGAAUCGAAGCCAACGCUCGGGAGCGCUCACGAGUGCACACGAUCUCAGCAGCCUACGAAAAACUUCGGCAAGCCGUCCCCGCCUACUCCAAUGCGCAGAAACUUUCCAAGUUGUCGAUUCUGCGGAUCGCAUGUUCCUACAUACUGAUGCUGAGCCGGAUGGCUGGCGAAGACUUCAGCGUAGACGCCUCGGAACCCUCGGUGGACGAAUGCGUCGAAAUGGUCACCCGAACCAUCCAAACCGAGGGCAAAAUCAAGAAGAAGAAAGACGAGUGAGGAGUCAGUUAGCCGUCCGUCGUCUCGUGACGGGUCAGGAGCAUCAAACGCUUAGCGCACCGGAACCGCGAAAGAUGCCAAAUCGAAUUUGAGCAACUUCCGCAGGUUUGUUUAUGAUUUCCUUUCGAUUGCCGCACAUCUUAAUAGGUGUUAGCACGUGUUUCCUCCAUUUUUACGUUGGAAAUAAAACUUAAACAAAACACAAAACAAGCAAGAUCUGAACUAGAAAUGUAAGAUAGUAGGAAGCUCAGAUUUCAGAGUCAUCUAAUUUAUUACGCUACUUAAUUCGUGCUUCGGAUAGAACCUUAGAAGCAAAAAACACGCCAACAGUACAAACAUAUUAGCAGGAAACUAAAAGGUCUGAUUUGUUGCCAUAAAAUGAUUGUUACAAUAGAGUUACUAGCAGCAAAAUCGUUUUGAAAAUAAAAUUAAAAAAAAAACGAGACAAUAAAUCAAACAGUAAAAUUGCCAAAAAAAUAUACAGAGCCAAUUUCAUGGUGCCAUAAUAAUUGCUAGCGCGCACGUGUUUCAAUUCGUUUUUAUCGCAAAUUAGCGCUCAAGAGAGUGAUAAUACAUAAUAAAAAUAAAUAAAUGUGGACCAACGACAUCAAUGAGCGCGAGGCACAUACAAAAACAAGAAGAAAAUCUUUGAAUUUCACAAAAGCACAACAAGCAUAAAACAACAACUGGUCUUUAGUAGUAGCUAGGUUCAUUUACUGAAACGUUUUAGUUAGUUAUUUUAGUGUCAACCACAAUUAAUUAAUUGUCUAGUUGUUAAGUGUCUGAAUGUAUUUAUAAGCAAAUCAAAUUUGUGAUUGUUUUGUAAAACAGUUUUUUCCCCGCCCCCUCGGUAUCAUCCCACACCCAUAUAUAUUAUAUUGAAAAAGCAAAAAACUUGAGAAAAGGUGAAAAUAUUUGAGCCCGAAAAUAAAUGCGAAAGUAUUUUCGA